UGAAAAACAUUUCGAAUAAUUUUUAAUAAUAAAAAAUGUCUCGCGGUACUAGUGCGGGGUUUGAUCGUCAUAUAACUAUAUUUUCUCCCGAAGGAAGAUUGUAUCAAGUUGAGUAUGCAAUCAAAGCAAUUUUACAAGGAGGGUUAACAUCUGUUGCUAUUAAAGGAGUAGAUGUAGCAGUGAUUGCAACUCAAAGGAAAGUACCUGAUAAACUAAUUGAUCCAAAAACAGUUACUCACUUAUUCAGUAUAACUAAAAGCAUUGGAUGUGUUAUGACUGGAAUGACAGCUGAUGGCCAUUCUCAAGUAUUUAGAGCUAGAGCAGAAGCUUGUGAAUUUAAAUACAAAAAUGGAUUUGAAAUGCCAGUAGAAACUUUAUGUAGUCGAAUGGCUGAUAUAUCUCAAGUUUACACACAAAAUGCUGAAAUGCGACCUCUUGGAUGCAGUAUGAUACUUAUUGGUAUUGAUGAUAGAAAAGGGCCAAUGGUGUUUAAAACUGAUCCAGCAGGAUAUUAUUGUUCAUUUCAUGCAAUAUCUGUAGGUACUAAACAAACAGAAGCUAAUACUUAUUUGGAAAAAAAAUUGAAGAAAAAGAAAAAUUAUAAUCAAGAUGAAGCUAUUGAGCUUGCUAUAUCUUGCCUCUCCCAUGUAUUAGCAGUUGAUUUCAAACCAAACGAUAUAGAAGUUGGCAUAGUGUCUACUAAAAAUAAAAUUUUUGAAGUUUUAAGUGAACAAGAAAUUGAUCGCCACCUUACUCAAAUUGCACAGCGAGAUUAAAAUAAUCUAACUAGGGAUGUAUUCAGUUAUUACUGAUUAUUCAUUUGUAAUUCUUUAAAAUAAAUUUCUAAAUGAUCAAUAAUAAAUUAUUUUAUAUGGUAAAUGAUUUUUUCAAUUAUGUAUUUGAUAUAUUUUAUGCUCAAUAAAAAAUUAACAAAUAA